AUGCAGGUUUCUAAUCGUGAAUCAACAACACAAAUGUCUUCAUGCAAGGGGAACCCAACGCCUUUAAGCGCGCCCAUAUUGUGCCAAGUUCGAACCGGUGUGGCAACUGGCAGUCAACUGGUGGGCACUGUGCUUGUCUCCCUCGACAAGACACUGCACGAUGUGCGGACAUUGUUGUGUGCACUAGCCGCGGGAGAACGCACAGAAAGGCAAGAGAAUGAAAACCCAGAAGAUAAGAACGAAGUAAAUAAGGUGACGAAAGACGAGGCAGAACUGCCGGUCAACGUAACACCAGAGGAACUAGGGCGUCUUCGGCAGUUUCCGCUGCACCCGUUUGAUUAUAAAGCGCCAUUCACGUUCGUGCGGGGCGGCAGUGCCCGAUUCAUUUCUCGACAGCGCGAGAAGUCCGUUCGGCUCAUUGACGUUAUGCCACGUGUCCCUUUGGUGUUUCGUGGUAAAUGUGCGUGGUCGUUGGAGCCGCCACCGCCGAUUGUGCAAGUACGAGAGGGAGGCAAUGGUGAUAGUGAUGGUGAUCGUGUUAGUAUUCGUAAAGCCCUCGCUGUGGUGUUUGUGGCGCAUGGAAGUCCCGGUGCUUUGUUGCCAGAGCCGGUGUUGGUGGAACGGCACAUGAUGCAGCAGGCGGUAUAUGGACGCCCGUACAAGUUAAACGAUCUUACAACUUUGGUUAAUCAGUGGAAUGUGAACGUAAAGGAUUGUUUUGGACGCACUGUACUACAUGAAUGUGUCUACCUGGGUGCAAUGGAGGCGGUAGCGUAUUUGCUUAAACUCCCCUUUGUAAGGGUAAAUGAACAAGAUUGGCAGGGUAAAACACCUUUGCAUCUUGCAGUAAGAGGUGAAAAUAAGACCAUUGUGUCCUAUUUAUUAGAUGCUGGAGCAGAUAUUCUCAUUGCUGAUAAUGCUGGGAAUACAGUGCUUCAUGUUGCUCUCUGUCGUCGUAAUGACGAUAUUGUUGAAUUAUUAUGUAGGCGACUUCGUACCAAGGGUGUUGCAGUUGAUAAACUGAAUCUCUGCAAAAACAACUUGGGUUUAUCUCCUAUUGACAUAUUUCAACUUUACUCACCGACCUUUCACCAAUUGUGUAGGGAGGGGGACAUUGGUUCUAUUAAAUUUCUUUGCAAACAUUAUUUAUUUCAACGUGAUUUAAUAUUUCAGUGCGAUGAACUUGUGCAGCAAUCUGCUCUACAUGUUAGUGCUGCUGUUGGAGACGUGGCCAUCCUUAAAUUACUGCUAGACGAUAUGGAACUAAAAAAAAAAGGAAAUAGUGUGAUGAUAAAUAGUCGUUGGCAAACACCUUUGCACAUAGCAGCAGAAAAGGGAAAUCUUGAAGCAGUUAAAUUUCUUCUUGAAAGGUACCCAAAAUGGCUCUCAAUGAGGGAUAUAACUGGUGCCACACCACUUGUAGCCGCGUUGACGAGGAAACCUCAUUUACACGUGGUGGAUUAUCUCUUAUCAUCAUCACCCCGGGGAACACUCGCACCAAAUAUUUGCAAUAACAGUGGAAUGGGUGCAUUACAUUUACUAUGUGAAUAUGGUAUGACAGGUGCCGCCAAUUCCCUCAUUGUUAACCAUGGUGCUGAUGUUGCAUUAUCGCAGAGUAGUUACCAGACGACACCAAAGUACCUCACAAUAACGCGUGAAGUGCCAAGGCUAUCAAAAUUGAAGGAAAAAAUAUUAAGUCGAAAAGAAAAAGUGUUGACUCAACAGGAUGUAACACCGCUGCUUUGCGCUAUCCGUGCAAGGGUCAGCCGUGUGGACACUAUUGAGAUGCUUUUAUCCUGUGGAGCGGGAGGAACGGAAUAUGAAGUUAUUGAACUUCUCUUUUUUUUGCUUACAAAGGAACACUACAAAUUGGCGGAACAAGUGGUUUGGGCAGGUUUGGCAAACUCAAUACAUCACAACGAGCUUAUUAAUCGUUUCUGUCGCAUGAAACAUGAUGUUGGUAUUCGAUGGUGCACCGAACAGGGCUGCUGUAACCUGAACUCCCCUGAGGGUGGUGGCUACCCGCUGUCGGUGAGUGCAGCUGUGGGUGAUGUCAGGGCUGUAAACUACCUUCUCACGCAUGGGGCGGAUCCAAAUGCCCCUACAGAGGAAAGUCCGCCUCUUCUUCUUGCUAUCAACGCUGGACACGAAGCUGUGGUAGAGCAACUUGUGAAGGCAGGAGCUAAACUCACAUCUUCUGACGCAUCAUGGAGUGCACUGUCUGCUGCCGCCGAGCGGGGAGCCGUGUCGGUAGUGCGUGCUAUACUGGGUUUGCAAUUGCUACCAUCAAAUGAGGUGUUUACGGCCUUAUUACGUGCUAUGAAGAAAAACGUUAAGGAGAGAAACCGUGUGGUUCGUGAACAGAUAUGCGUUCAUCUUGCGCAAUACUUUGAUCCUAAUGUGAGUGGAAACAUUCAUUCAACCGAACUUCUUCACCUUGCGGCGAGUCGUUCCUUCUUUGAGGUGGUUUGGGUUCUUGCAAAAAGGUUUCUCACAUUACCGACUUCAACGCUCCAGAUGGUAUUGAAUGACGCCCCACCACCUCCAAAAAGGAAGUAUAUUAUUGUAGAACCAACAACAACUCAGUCCAAAAAGUCUUCAAAAUUCAGGGUUAAGAACGUGUGGCAACGUUUAUAUGUUGUACCAAAACCUUUCAGACGGAUACAGCUUCAGAAACUAGAUAAAGACAUGUUAUACCAUCGCCUGUAUAUGCGUGAUGUAUUCAGCUACUGUGCGGCGGCCAAACAAUACGCACUUUUAGAGUACUUGCUCUUUGAUCUUGGAAUGAAGCCAUGGUCAGGACCGGAUUAUCGUGGUUGGAACGCAGCUGACUAUGCAGUUACUGUGCAACAGUACGAAGUUGUGAGAAUGUUUCUUGUUAUUGGUUUGACUCCUCUUCGUCGCCAUAAUAUUCGUUCCUCUACGAGAUUGAGUACUCUUUUGUUCGCAAUGACGGACGUAAACAUCGAUGUUAGUGAGACGAAUUUGCUAUCUUCUGUUCUCUGUAAACUUGCAGCAGCAAAAGAAGUGACACUCAUGCGGCAGAUUCUUCUAGAUGUAUGUAGACAAUACGGAUUAACAGAUUUGAAUGCUGCUGGUGAGUGGUUAGAUGAACUGAUUCUCUCUUCUGUGAAUAGUGGAUAUGUGGAUUUGCUGCGUCUUAUGACAGAGGAAUUCCAUAUCACGUUGUCCCAACAUCUGAGAGGAUCAACGCAACCACUUCUGAUAGCAGUAGCACGCCGCGAUAUUUCAAUGGUUUUGUACCUCAUCCAAAAUGGUAUCCCUACUCAGUUAACUGGACCUAUUCCCGAAAAGCUCCUCCCCUCCACUAUGCGUGCGCUAAAAUCUCAGGAACGGGAAUUUUCUCCAUUGUGGCUGGCGGCACGAUUGGGAGACACCGCAAUGGUGGAACUGUUGCUCUCUACAGGAUCCUUAAUUCUAGAGACGUGUACAGAUACUACAGUACGUUACCGUGAUGCCCUAAAGGCAGUAAUAGAUGGAUUACCGUAUCGUCUUUCACCGCAUCAUGACUCUUUGGUUGCUCAAACAGUGACAUUGUUGGCUAGGGCUGGUCAUGUUUACUCGUCACCUACUAUUUUGCGUGAAGUUGCGAGGAAAGGAAUGACACAGGCAGUUAAAACCAUAAUUGAUUGCUACGGGCCUCGUGUAAUUGUAGAAGACAUCGUUUCUAAUGAAAUCUGUUCGCUACACUAUUUGAUUGGAAAUGAAGCAUUGUGUCCAGUUCUAAAGUCUCUAAUUGUGAAAGAAAUUAUGAUGGAGUCUGCAGAGACAGGAGGAGAAGAGAGACGAGAUAUUAUCACUGCGAUACUUCGUACUGAUUUUAAAGUUAACCCUGUAGACUACGCUCUCACACACAAUUCUGUGAAGGGUUCAGUACUUCUUCUUGCACUGGGAUUAUGUGGGAGUGGUGAAGAAAAGAGAAGUUGUAACCAAAAAUUUUCUCGAGCCAUUCGUUUAUGCAUUACUAGACGUAAUACUCAAAUGAGGAACUAUUCGGUACUUCACGCAGUAGUAGAGUUACAAUACUAUGAUAUUCUUGAAAUGAUUCUGAACGAGGGUAUAUCCUUACAAUACCUAGAAAAAUAUGAAGAAAAAACGAAAGACAAAACGCCAUCUAUUUCUUCGCUUUCAGCUUUUUACUGUGAUAGGAUACACCAUCGCCUUGUCGUAUCAUCAGAGGUUUCAAAAGCAAUAACUUUCUCUCUAUUUGACGUACUGUACUGCAUUUUUGCUCGGUGUAACUGUGAUGGAGAGCAACGGAAUUUUCUACAAUACUCCAACUCAAAUGGAGAUCUUGAGAAGGCAGUGGACUUUCAAUAUACUGAGUUACCCAGAGAAUUUAUUUUAAACUUAGUUUCUGACAAUCAUAAAUCAUUUUUCUUUGAGAAUAAAACCUUUUGUAUUGCAGCAUUGACCCCUAUGGGGUGUGCUGUAGCGGCUGGGAACUUGUCAUGGGUUCAGUGGUUGACAUUCAGUGGUGUAUCUUUAGUGAACUGCAAUAUAGUUGUUGCGAAGAGAAAACCGAUGAAAAUGACGGAGCUUGAAUGUAAAAGAGACCACUGUCAUAGACAUGAAAAAAUAUUUCACUAUGGAUUUCUUUUUACUGAUGAGCGUUAUCAGAUUAGUCCUCUCUUACUUUGUAUGGCAAUAAUUAUAGAGAGUGCUAGAUCUCGUGAUGCUCAGUUGUUACUACGACAGUCAGAAAUCUUGCGUUUUCUCCUCUCACGUGAGAAAUGUUUGAGACGUGAGGAAGUGAAUCCACUGGCUAUUGCAGCAGCAGGGUUGAUGUUGUGGGACCUCCUUGAAGCCAUUAUCGAGGCAGCAGAAAGGUUGGAAAAUGAUCCCACAGAAGGUCGCUUCUUCUUCACCAUCAGAGAGGAAGAAAUACCGCCUAUCAUAGGGAAGGCAGUUGGAGUUGCACGGCAUGUUAUGCAUAAAGCGGCUCGCUGUGCCCCGAAAGAGAUUCUUGUUAAUAUUACGAAACACUCUCAACGUACUGAUAUUGAAACAUCUUCUGAUGCUAAGGGAAAUACAACCCUUUAUCACGCGUUGUUUCAUUCAUCGCGAUAUGCGCUUGAAUUUUUCUUGGGGUUACGUAUUCCUACAAAUACUCCAUGUAAUAAAAACACAGGUCGUACCCCAUUGAUGAUUGCUUGUCUACGUGGACAGCUACCAUUGGUGAAGUCUCUGGUGGAGAAAGGGGUUUUAAACGCGACGGAUCACCAUGGAAACACGGCGUUGUUGUUAGCUGCUUGUGCUGGGCAUCUGAAUGUAGUAGAGCACCUCCUUAAGAAAGGUGCUGAUCUUUCUGUUAGAAAUAAUCAAGGAAUGACUGCUGUUAUGGCAGCAGCUUUCGCCGGUCAUGAUGAUGUGGCUGUUGCUUUGGCUGAUAAUUCCUCAAACAUGAACGAUUUUUUCUCUCCCCAGACAACGUUAUUACACUGUUCUGCAGUUGGUGGUUGUUGGCAUAUGACGACAAUGUUAUUAAAUACCAUGGAAAAUGUAGAACUCUUGGCCAAGGAUUCUGACGGGUUCUCAUCAGUUUACUUGUCUUAUGCUAUGGGUAACCACCGGGUUCUUCGAACACUUUUGACUGCCGCAAUGUGUAAAGGGAUUGAACCCUCUCCUUCACUUGAUAUGGAACGGCGUAUAUUUGACUGUUCUGCGGCAUUACAUCACUACGGUUGGUUAAAGAGAGUUUUGCAGAUGGAUCUAGCUCUGCUUGAGGAGUCCCGCCAUCGAUCAUCUGGGCAAUUCCGUGUUCGUCCUGGGGAAAUGACAUAUUCUUGUGCUACUACAAAUUUAAGGGAGUUUAGUGGUUCUUUGCUCCUUUGGUGUGUAAAAAACAAUAAUGUGGUUGGAGUCCGCGUCUUGGCAGAUAUGAAUAUCAGGGAUGAUUGCAACGCGCUUCAUAAAGCAGCUAAGUACGGUUUAUUGGGCGUGGUAAAACUUCUUGUGAGUCUGGAAAUGAGUGAUCCUAACAAGACGGACAAAAACGGGAGACUAGCAUUUGAAAUCGCUGCUAUGCACGGGCAUUUUAGCUGUGUUUCUUAUCUCCUUUUACAUACUAAAUUAAACAUUGAGCAACUGAAGACACCUUCUAAGGUAAGUGCUCAAAACACCUUCCACUGCAUAGCUUCAUGCGGAGGAGCAGAGACUCUUCUUGCACUAAUAGAAAUCCUAGAGCAAAAAGAGAGUGGGGCAAACUGGCCUUUAAUUGCAUCCGAACUGCUUGAUGCCUUAAAUACUCCAGACUCAAAUGGGAUGACCGCAUUUGAAUCCGCUGUGGCAAUGGGGAACCCUGCUGGAGUUUUACGUGUGGCACAAACCCUAAAGAGACUUGUGACUAUCUCAAAACGGGAUAAUGCGUUGUCGAUUUCAAAGGCAGUACUUAAAAGUUUUUCAGUUAUCUCCCCUGCAGUUCGGGUUAUUCUGUAUGACCUAUUUAAGGUUACAGAGGUGGCUACCACCGUUGGGUUUGGGCGAAAUCAAAUGAAACGCUUAACAUUUGCAGAUGUACGGCUAAUAGGUGUUAAUGUGUUAAAAAGGGAUACAUUUUGCGCUUCUGAAACCUCGGGUCUUUUCACGUUACAUCAUGAGAUAGCCGUUCAAUCAUCACUUUUGAGAGGAUUACCUUUUAAAAUAUCCUACGAACCGGGUACUCUAGAGAAAAAGAGUAUGAGGGAACAAGUUCAGUUAUUGCAGUGGUUAACUUCCUCACUUGUCCUUUCAAACUACGAGAACUGGAGCGGUGACACAACUCCAGAAAUAGUAGAACUCAAGUUAGUCUCUCACCGUUCUGCAGAAUUUGCUGAUUUAUCAUCUAGAUAUCUGCAUCACUCUGUGUAUGUGGACUCCCGUAGACUACUAAUUCCUGACCUCAACUACACACUUAAUUAUACAAAGAAAAAAGAGAUUAUGCAAUUACGAACCGAAGCAGAAGAAAUGUGUCUUUUGCUGACACAGAGACUACAGGGUCUUUCCUAUCCUGCAUUAAAAAAGGGGCGAGUGACAGUGGACUGGAGCGGUGGUGGAAUGACAACAAAAUCCAUUACACGCCUUAUCUACAAUGGUCUCGCAAAAGUUGCUGAUUUCAUAGAAGAAAAGUUGAGGGAUUGUCUGUAUGGAGUUCAAGAGGCAGAUAUGGCAUCUGUAACGAGUUUACAAGAAGAUACUGUCGUUGGUAUACGCAUUACAUUCCAUUACACUCAUGAGACUAUUCAAGAGCGUAACCUAUCCUUAGGUAGUGGGUGUAUCAUCCUUUUUAGCGAUGACAAGAUACAGGAUGUGAACCACAUACUUUAUUUAACGGUCUAUAAUAAGAUCCUGGCAGAUGUUAAUCUACUUCGUAUUAGUUUUAUUCGAGAUGAUUUUGUAAUGAAACUUAUGAAACUUUUCGUUAUGCGAAAGGAAACUGAGAGGUUUAAAUUUAAACUGGAGGUUGAUAAAGGUGUGUUGCAUGAGUUUCCGUUGCAUUUGCUAUGUACCUUAAUGGAAGAAACCGUUAAGGCUGUAAAAUCGCUUAUUAUUGAACCAACUACAGAUAUGAACAAGUUUCACUCUUCACAAAUUGUAAGUGAUUUCUUAACUCGAAACUUUCGAUCUGUAAUUAUUAUUUUUUCCCCGCAACAUUUACCAUUGGUUGAGUUUUCAGAUGGAACUCUGAUACUACGUUUGAAUACACAGUUGGCUCCCACACGGUGCGAUAUUUACGAUUGUCUGCGUCACAGUGCAGUGGUGUCUGAGAUUGAAUGGUUGAAGGGGAAUCUCCCUCUUUUGACUUCAACUGUUGCUACGCAUCUCAACGAAUAUCUUCCUACCUGCACAUUGGUAAUAGAUACUGCUUCCUUUUUUGAGGGACAAGAUGAGGAAUUUGUUCUCUCGGCAUUAAGCCUCUUGUGCCAUGAUAACAGCGUUCAUGUACUGGAUCCUCUCAUUAAGGGUGUUUUGCGGGGAUGUGCCAGACCGCUGGGUGACAUAGUGGGCCGCCAUGUUCGUCAAAUAACACUGACUUUACAGGCGUAUGGAGAUGCCACCUGUGUACUUUACGAUAGUGGCAAUUUUCUCUAUAGUUGUUCGCUCUACUGUGUUGAAAGAGGAGUUUAUGGAACAUCCUCGUGGAAUCUUCUUUCUACAGAACAAAUAUAUUCAUUGUUGAUGAUUCAGUUGGCUUCAUUGGAACCCCUAGUUGCUGAACUUAUCGACACGUCCAAGGCUUUCGCGUGCUGGACGCAUGUACAUGGUCCUUGUGAUCUUCGCCUACGUCCUGGAUCCAAAAAUAAAUCUCUAAGGAUAAGAAGACGGAAUGUUUUAAAUUUGCCACUAGGUUCAGGUAUUAAGGAAACCGUAGAAUUUAAAGGGGAUUGGUGCUUUGUUAAACUUAAUAAGGCAACCGGUAAAGUGUGUUUUACCGCUCCGAAGAGGCUUGGGUGUUAUUACCAGCACAUUCUAAUGGAUGGACAUCCGCUGUACAAUUCCCCAAUUUAUUUCGAAGUGCUUACAGAAGAGAAUACUAAACAGAAAGAAAAAAGUGCUUCAAAUUGA